UCUCUCUCUCUCUCUGUCUCUCUCUCUCGGCGCGUGGGGCGGGCGGGGACUCGGGGAAGCGGGCGACCCUGCACAACCCAGCCCAGAGCAGAAGCCCCACCAAGGCUUCCCGACCCCAACCCCGGGGGCUGGAGGCAGGUAGCCAGGCAGCCCAACAGACCGACCAGCAACGCUCUUGGGUUGGUGUAACUGAGACAGAGAGAUGACAUCACAAUUGCCUCCGUGUGUGCAUGUGUAGAUACAGAUAAAGCCCUGCUGAAUCAGGCCAGAUGUGAUUAUUCCCUGCAGCUGGUUCACAGAGGCAUGGCUCUGGCAGUGGAGAAACUCCAUGGAGACUGGGACCAAAAAAGCACUGCACUCCAAGAAUUAAGGACGACCCCUCUGAUCUAGCUGAGGAAACAGAGCUGCACAGGUCACUAUCUUCUGUUUCCCUUGCUGCUGCUGCUGCUGCUGCUGCUGCCGCCGCCACCCUUCAGCCCAGCUGCACCAUGGAUAGAUGAUCCUGGCCCUGCCUCAGCCAUGCUGCAGUUGCGUGGCCGCUACCUGCUGCUCUUCCUAGGGGUGCAGCUGGUGGUGAUGGCUCUGCUGUACCACGAUGGCUACCGCAAGCGUGUUGCCUAUUUCCUGGGCAUCUUCUACAAGGGGGGCACAUUGACUAUAUUGUCCAGCCUACACAACAUUUCGCUGCCAGGGGACGUCUACGCCAACCUCAGCCUGAUUCCCCGGCCCCCUCUGCCCCCAGAGGAACUUCCUUACUGUCCAGAGGCAUCUCCUUUCCUUGGAGGCCCCAUUCGGGUGACUUUCCCCACAGGGCUGUCUCUGGAUGACAUUGUGCGGAAGAAUCCCCUUGUGAGCAAAGGGGGACGCUACCAUCCGCCCGACUGUGAUGCAGUCCACAAAACAGCCGUCAUCAUCCCCCACCGCAACCGAGAGCAACACCUCAAGUACCUGCUCUACUACCUGCACCCUUUCCUGCAGCGGCAGCAGCUAACCUAUGGCAUCUACAUCAUCCAUCAGGCUGAGAACUACACUUUUAACCGGGCCAAACUCUUGAAUGUGGGCUUCAAGGAAGCUAUGAAAGACGAGGACUGGGACUGUAUGUUCUUCCACGAUGUGGACCUUAUCCCCGAAGAUGACCGCAAUGUGUACACCUGUGACCGUUUCCCCAAGCAUGUGGCUGUUGCCAUGGACAAGUUUGGCUACAAGCUUCCAUACAAGUCCUACUUUGGAGGGGUUUCUGCACUCAGUCCAGAGCAAUACAUGAAGAUGAAUGGCUUUCCCAACAACUAUUGGGGCUGGGGCGGUGAAGAUGACGACAUUGCAGUCAGGGUAGCGCUGAGUGGGAUGGUUAUCGCUCGCCCAUCUACUCAGUACGGCCGCUACCGUAUGAUCAAGCAUGGACACGACAAGGGCAAUGAGCAGAACCCUAAGAGAUUUAACUUGCUGGCCAAGACGAGGAGAACAUGGAAGCAGGAUGGCAUGAACACACUGGAGUACCAGCUGCUUUCCAAGAAACUCCACCCCCUCUACACAAAUAUCACUGUCUUCAUUGGCACUGAAAAGGGAAUGCGCCAUUCCAUGUGAUGCACUAGCCACAGAGUGGCCUGGGGACAGGAGCCCCACCCUGCCACUUCUCUGGGACCAAGGAAACCAAAGAAUCCACAGGGAGAUGGACAGCCCUGAGCAUUGUGAUCAUCAUGUGCUGACUGUCGUGUCCAGCAAGGUGCUAGGGGUACUGCGUACCAGGGACUGGAUGGGGACUCCACACAAAGACCCCCCCUCCCCUGGAGCAUUUCUCUCUUGAGGCCUGGAUGCUGUCUGACUUUACAGGACUCCGUUUGUGGGAUGCCUUUCAUACCUUGGUUGAAGGAGUGGCACGGUAGCUUGAGCAGAAAACCAGGAUUGUGCUUUGCAAGUCUGAACCUCUGCAGCUGCUGUGCCAUGGUUUGUCUUUCUUAUUAAAGUGCAAUUUAUUUUAAA